GCGAGGAGACUGUCAAAUCGAGUGAUGGGAUGGGCGGCGGACCGCGGUGCAAGAAUGAAGCUGCAUUUCUUGUCAACGGCUUGAUCCGGUUAUCAGGACGAGUCCUGAUCCGAUCAUCAAUUCAACGUCAGCACUGCACGUGGUUUACAUGGGAAUCCGUUCGCUUCUUCUCGUCCGCCAGAGCCCUAGGCCUGUCAUCCUCCGGAAUGUGUACAUAGGUGUGUCGUAAUUACACACGAGAAUGCAAGAUCUUCGUUGCAGGUGUAGACUUGAAAUAAAUGAAUGCCGGUCCAUCGAUCACAGCAAGUAAUGCACUCUGAUGGGUCUCGAUUCUCGAACCGUUUUGAAAUAUCAGACAAUGUACCUUACAUGUCCUGAGAAAAUUUCUACUCACUCCCGUCACGAGCUGACAGCAGACCCACGGCAAAAGAUUUCACCGAAUACGCCAUCCGAAUAACCCCUUCACCAGCACAGGAAUCGGGCGACAUUGCGCGCUGAUUCCCAUCGGCCAGGCACAGCGCGAUGUUCAACUCGGUGUCUCAGGGGACCGAAUGUCUGUUACAUAAGCGACGCUCGAUGGGAGAGUGUAUUGAUAUUGAGUGCGUUGGCGGACAGCUGGUAUUAUUCGGGUGGCGCGGACGACUGCUUGCUCGUUCCUGCCCCCAGCGUCGAUUGAGACUCGCCUAGAGCAGCCCGACAAACGGAUCGCUUGGAGCGGACGUGGAUGCGGAUGCGGAGGAUAUGCUUAGCGAGUUGCCCGCCAUGGGGGACGAUAUAAGAAUAAGAAGGAAGUGUCCUCCUCAACCUCAUUCCAAAGACUCAGCUCUACCGCAACACUCCUUCCAUACUUCCCAAUCGGUGUCAGGCUCUCUAAACACACAAAGAUGUUCCAAGCUAACCUCCAAACCAACACUCCUUCACCCUUUAUUCCUGAUAGCACACCCAAAGUCUGUGCGAUGGCGGUCACGGAUGCCCAGAAGGCUCCCUCCGUCACCGUCAGCAACGAGGCGAUUGUCGGUGCCGUGGGCGGUGUGCCCGGCAUCACCGGUGCCGAAGCCGUUGUCGGCAAGCUCGACCAGCUCUGGGACAGCGGAGCCACCAUCACCUACUCCUAUCUCAACGGCACGCCCGCGCAACAGGCCAAAGUCGACGCGGCCAUCCUCGAGUGGUUCCCGUACGCGAAUAUCACCUUCCAGCGCGCUCUCGCCGGCAUCUUGCGCAUCUCGUUCAACGGCCAGCAAGGUUCCUGGAGCUAUGUCGGCUUGGAAGCCCUCGAGGUUCCCAAGAACCAGCCCACGCUCAACUUCGGAUGGGUUUCCGAUUCGGCGCAGGCGACUCAGGAAGAGCGCGGCCUGAUCCUGCACGAGUUCGGGCACGUCCUCGGCUUGAUGCACGAACAUCAAAGCCCAGCACACGGCGGCGCAGUCACUCUCGACGCCAACGCAGUGCACGCCCACUUCGCCAGCAGCCUCGGAUGGAGCGCCGACACGACCAAGAAGCAGGUCGUCGACCACUACAGCACCACGAGCGUGUCCAACUUCCCCGCGGUCGACCCGAGCUCGAUCAUGGCGUACUUCCUGCCCCCUGCGCUCAACGAGCAGCGCGUGCAGAUCCCCGCGAACGUGAGUCUGUCGGAGUCCGACAAGGCGUACAUGGUUCUCGCGUACCCGCGCCCGAAGCCCCACGCGCUGGCGCCGAACUGGACGCUCGAACGCGCGCUGCAGGUGUUCGGCGCGGAUCCCGAGACGGUCAACGGGAUCCUGUCGGCGCGCGGGGACGUGCUGAAGAUCCGGGCGCUAUUCCUGUCGUUCCUCGUGCAGAAGCGCACGGGGCUUGAGACGCACAUCAGCACGGAUGGAUUCGACGGCGAUGAGGAGGAGGACGUGGGGACGAUGGAGUUCGUCCGCAAGGAGGUUGACGUGGCGGCAGGGGAGGUAGAGGUGGAGCAGCACGUGGAAAUUGUUGCGCCUGCACCGGUCAUUCCGCCCAUUCACGACUUUUAUCUCCAGAAUGGGCCCGCGAACGUCGUUCCCCCAGUCCCUCUCUCAGCCAGCCCACCUGUUCGGUCGUUGACGGAGGCGUUCUACGCCAAGCAAGCAGCUGUCCCAGUGCCGGAGCCGAUCGUCAUCGCCCCUCAGCCGCCUGUGGUCAUUCCAGCAAUUGUCGCGGAGGAUCCUGUGGUCGUGCACAUUCCCGUUCCUGAGCCCAUCGCGUUACAGCCUAUCGUCGUCCCGGAGCCCGCUCCAAUCGUCGUCGUUGCACCUCAACCCGAACCAGAACCCAUUCCCGUCAUCGUGCCUCAAGUCGAGGUUCCCAUCGUCGUUCCAGUGCCUGAGAUCCCACCCGUCAUCUCAGAGCCAAUUUCGCCCGUGUUCGAGCCGGUCAUCGUCCCAGUAGCUGAAGUCGCCGUCGUCGCGCCAGUGGUACGGACCAAGAAAAUCUUCAUCAAGAACGUCCCUCGGCCCGUCGUGCCGGUUGUUGCCGAAGUCCUUCCCGAACCGGUUGUAGUCGAGACACCAUGCACUGAAUACCUUCCCACCCUCACCAAUGCGCUUGAAGCGGUCUUCCCCGCUGAGGAGGGCCAGACUUGGAGGCUUCAGACGAAGGGCAAGGUGAUCGAUCCCGCUGCUUUCGUGUGGGACACCUCUCUCGCUGCCGCUGGGAUCGAUGCACAGUGGAUGAAGCCAGACGAGGUCGCUGAGGCCGAGGCCAACAUCGUCGAUCUACUGUUUGGAGGGGAAACUGAGGACGACGAGAAGACUCUCAGCUCUGUCUACGAACAGAUGCUCUACAGCCUCGUCCCCAAACCCGUCCACAGCCCGCUGAGCCAGCAGCAGGACAAGAUCCGCCAGUGGCUCCAGGCCGAAGUCCCCGUCUCCCGGUGGCAGCUGUCCGCCGAAAAGACCAACGCAGACGCCGUGCGAUCGGAGACCAAGAUGUCUCGGCUCGAGCUCAGCGAGUAUCUGAUGGACCAGUACUCUGCUACUAAGCAGGCUUGGGAGAGCGAGAAGGCAUUGCUGAUCAAGAAGCUUGCUUCGACCGACCGCACCGACAUCAAGGAACGGGCCCGCUCGAUCGCACAGCUGAGCGCUGCUCGGGAGAAAGAGAUCGCUACGAAGUACCGUGACGCGGUCGUCGGUGGAGACAUUCACCGCGUCAAGGAAUACAUCGCGUUCUUGGACAUUCCAAUCAAUGCUGCAGCUCAUGCUUUGCAAGACGCAAAGGACAUCCUCCGCGAAAGCUCGUCGGUUUCCCUUUCGGCCGGGGAGAAGGUCUACCCCGUCCAGCUCGCCCCGGUCGACUGGUUCGCUUCGCUCCCCACGUCGUUCACCCAGCAGGAUCUCUCGAGCCCCACCGAAUCUGUUGGCGGCGCUGAUGUCCGUCCGGUGACACCUCUCGGCAGUGCAUCGAUUCAAAGCCUGCUUCCUGCUGUGAAGCUCGAUGCACCCAAGGGUUGGUGGGAGGAGAUUGUACUCGAGAACGUACGAUCGGACACCCUCUGGAGCAUCCCGCCUGAGGGGAUCGACGAGGAUCGGAUUGACGUGGCCUUCCGGGCUUGUAAGGUCGAUAUCAGUCGCAGCGGCUGGUUUAAGCCUCAGAUCUUCAAAGAAGGCCAGUCCUUCUACAAGGUGAUUCACGGUGUUGAGUCGUCCCUGCCAGUUUCUCAGAAUUUCCAGAUGGACGAGUCGACUGUCCUCCCUCCCCAAGCCGGAUAUGCGGCCUCUUUUGUUGUUGCAAAGGACAUCGUCGUGCGCGUAAAACACACGGACAUCGCGCACGACAUGAACAACGCAGCCAAAUCGUCCGGUUUGCUAUCCUUCGCGUAUUCCAAGUACGCGGACAGCUUCCAGCCGCACGGAGAUGGAUUCCUCGUCAAGAUUCCCGGGCCUCAGAUCAUCGGGUACAUCGUCGAGCCGCUGCACACGACCGCCGCCGCCGCGCUCGUCCCCGCUGAUUUCACGGUCGAUGUGCCAGCUCCGGACCUCACUCCUCGCGUCGAUCACGUUCACCACUGGCAUUCCCACGACACAUACCACGCUGUUGUCCCGGAGCUCAGACUCGUGAAGGUGGACGAAAAGUCGGAGUGCCCCGCGUGUCACCCCUCCCCCCGUCCGCAUGGCAAUGACUCGGGCUUCAAGUACACUGCGCUGCCGGAUGCUACUGAGAGCACGGCCAACUCCGAACGCGCUGAUCCUGAGGUGCAGAGGAUGGCUGAGGAGCAAGGGCGGGAUGUCCGAGCGAGCUUUGGGGUGGAUGAGAGUGAUCGCUUCCUCUAGACUCAGUACUGUUUCUUCUUAGGGUAUUUGGAAUGAAUGGAGCGAUGAGAGCGGGAAUAUAUAUAAUCCCAAGCUCCCA